ACAACUUUGCACAGUAGUAACAAUUCCUGUAUUUUGCAUGGGUGUUUUACUGGACGUUGUAAGAGCGUCAAGGUGUCCGUUUGUGAGCCGAAGCUUAACUGAAUGUGGGUCAUGCUGUCGAACAAUGAUCCUACACUCUUAAGUAAAUGUAUAACCAAACCCCUUCAGUAGACGACAUUUUGCGCUUUAGAACAGCCAAGUCAAAGUCCUGACUGCCCAGCUGACAUUUUCUAUCUUGACAUGACGUGAGGAGUUUAAUAGUGCAAUCUAUGAACUCUGAAGAAGGGCUAUGUCUUCAGCAGCCACCACAGCCCCGUCGGUGGACAAGGUGGACGGCUUCACCAGGAAGUCUGUCAGGAAAGCCAAGCAAAAGCGAGCACAGAGCUCGUCCCAGUUCAGAUCUCAGGACAAGCCCAUAGAGCUGGUGCAGCUACCUCUGUUGAAAGAUGUUUCUGCUCAGGAGCAACCAGAGCUAUUCCUCAAGAAACUGCAGCAGUGCUGUUUUCUGUUUGACUUCAUGGACACACUGUCUGACCUCAAAAUGAAAGAGUAUAAACGGUCCACCCUUAAUGAGCUGGUGGACUACGUCACCCUCAGCCGGGGGUACCUGACUGAGCAGACCUACCCCGAGGUGGUCAAAAUGGUGUCCUGCAAUAUUUUUCGGACUCUUCCACCUAGUGAUAGUAAUGAGUUUGACCCAGAGGAGGACGAGCCCACGCUGGAGGCCUCGUGGCCACACUUACAGCUCGUGUAUGAGUUCUUCAUUCGCUUUUUGGAAAGUCAGGAAUUUCAGCCUAGCGUUGCCAAAAAAUACAUUGAUCAGAAAUUUGUAUUACAGCUCUUGGAGCUGUUUGAUAGCGAGGACCCACGGGAGAGGGACUGCCUGAAGACAGUUCUGCACAGAAUCUAUGGCAAGUUCCUUGGCCUCAGGGCCUUCAUCCGAAAACAGAUAAACAACAUUUUUCUUUGUUUUGUAUAUGAGACAGAGCACUUCAAUGGUGUAGCUGAACUGCUGGAGAUUUUGGGAAGCAUCAUCAAUGGUUUUGCACUUCCUCUCAAAGCUGAGCACAAACAGUUUCUGGUGAAAGUGCUGCUGCCUCUUCACACAGUGAAGAGCUUGUCUCUCUUCCAUGCCCAGCUGGCCUAUUGUAUUGUACAGUUCCUAGAGAAAGAUCCCACGUUAACAGAACCUGUGAUCAGAGGCUUAUUGAAAUUUUGGCCAAAAACAUGCAGUCAAAAAGAGGUUAUGUUUCUUGGAGAGUUGGAGGAGAUUCUAGAUGUGAUUGAGCCCACUCAGUUUGUCAAGAUCCAAGAAAUACUCUUUAAACAGAUAGCUAGAUGUGUAUCCAGCCCCCAUUUUCAGGUGGCAGAACGAGCUUUGUACUACUGGAACAAUGAGUAUAUCAUGAGUCUGAUUGAGGAGAACUCGAGUGUUAUCCUGCCUAUCAUGUUCGCCAGUCUCUACAGGAUCUCCAAAGAGCACUGGAACUCGGCGAUAUCAGCUUUGAUUUACAAUGUCCUCAAAGCAUUCAUGGAGAUGAACAGCGCCUUAUUUGACGAACUUGCCGCCAACUACAAAUCAGACAGGCAAAGGGAAAGGAAGAAGGACAAGGAGCGAGAGGACCUAUGGAGGAAGCUGGAGGAUCUGGAGCUCAGACGGGGCGUCCAGAACAGCGAUGGUGUCAUUGCCACCUAACACAGACCUCAUCUCUGCCCUUCUGUGUGGCCACAACCAAUCCUUUUCUACUCUGCCACAGGGACCGCGUCCCUCUAUUUGCUUCUCAUGCUGCGUACUUUACCGCACACUCCCUCGUUCAUUUCCUCCCUUUCAACAGCACUGUAAAUAAUCCUCUCCCUCUUUCCUGUAUCAUACUACUACGCUGAAAGAAAGAUGAAAACAAAAACUGAAAUUUUGAAGAGACUUAAUAUGCACUCCUCGGUGUAAAAAAUCUUAAAAUGAUAAUCAACUGUGGUCAAAGGAUAGAUUUAAAAAAAAAAAAAAAAAAAAAAAACUUUCAGUUCAGAAAUUGUUCAGCGUCUCCGUGUCAAUAUAUUGUGGAAGUACCCUGAGACUAAGGGAACUGUGCUCACCCUGCGAUUAAAGAUGUCUUAUGCGAGGAUCCCGUCAUCAUCGCAAAUCUUUUUUUUUUCUUUUUCUUUUUCCCCAUCCCUUUUGAAGAGAGACUUUUCCAUCUAGACAGAAUUUGACUCCCCUGACUCAGGGGACACAAACCAGAAACCCAUGACGUGAAUACAAGGAAAACAGUGGAGAAAAAAAAAACAUUAAACAUCCUCUCUGUGGUGUGCAUUUUUUUUCUUUUACAGGAUGAUUGGCCUGGUACUUUACUGUAAAGUAGGGACAUGUCCCUAACUCAAUGUGCGAGAUUGGCCGCAGUCAGCUAUGGUGGUAUACUUCACUCAAUAAAGUGGACAAACCUCUCUGAGGACCUUUAUUUUUUUAACUUGUGAACCAGGUUCAGAUCUGGUCAUAGUUUCAUGCUGUCUGCUGUGGAGACUCUUGGGAAUUUCAAUGUGGAAAUUCAGUAGUUACCAAGGGUACAUCAAGCUCUGUUUCUCCGACAUUAGCAAGGACUCGUGGAAUUUCAGUGGCACACGGUGUUCAGAGCUCAUCCAGUGUUUUUAAAAUCGUUAAGUGACAUUUUUCGUCAAGAACAUUCUAGACUGCUUCUCAUGGGCCAUCCAGGUUUCCACUGCUCUGCUCCAAUCGUUUUAAUUUCAGGGUGGGUGGAUGUCAUCUACAUGACUGAGCUGAGCAAGACAAGGUUUUUCUUUCUUCUCAUGAGUGUUUGAAAUGAAAUCCUGCUUAUGUUGGGAUGUUUAGGGCCUGUGUAGGUAAACACUGAUCCGGUAGGUCCUAAUCUGUCUUCUGAGAUACCAGCCACCAGGGCAGGCUAGAACUAAAAAGCACUUCGAGUUAUAGUUCAUUAGAUGUUCUUGUGGGACUUCAGCCCCUUUUUCUUUUCUUC